AUGGAGCAAAUUGGCCGUCUCUUUGUCCUCCUGGGUAAGACCCUUUUCUUCCCCCCUCCAACCCCACUCUUUUCCUUCUUCUGGAGCCUCCUAUCUACACUUCCUUCCCAGUUUCCACUGUCUGUGUUUACUCAAAUCUCCUGCCUCUGUUCUCUGUUUCCAGGUGGGUCUUUAGGAGAGAUGAGCAUGUCUCAGGCAAAUCAUUCACAGCAUCCACACAAUGUCACUGGCAUAGGAAAGUUGGCUGUUUUUAACCUUUACCUUUCCUGCAAAAAACCAAAAUAAAAUCAUAACCUCCAGAAAUGCUUCAGAAUAGUGGGUAUUGCUUUGGGAGAAAAAAAAUGUGUAUGAGGUUAUUUAGAAGUCUAGAUUAUGAAACUUGAAACGAUGCCAAAAACGUUUUAUAUCUAUCUAUCUAUCUAUCUAUCUAUCUAUCUAUCUAUCUAUCAUCUAUCUAUCUAUCUAUCAUCUAUCUAUCUAUCAUCUAUCUAUCUAUCUAUCUAUCUAUCUAUCUAUCUAUCUAUCUAUAUCUACAGUAUCUAUCUAUCUAAGCAUCACAUUUUUCUCCUCUGUUCUCUUUCAGCCUCAUUUUUGGCUCUUUCCUGGAUGACGGCCCUUGCAGGUAAUCCAAUUAAUAUAACUUCAAAUACAGAGUGGUAGGCAGAUACAGUGGUACCUCGGGUUAAGUACUUAAUUCGUUCCAGAGGUCUGUACUUAACCUGAAACUGUUCUUAACCUGAAGCACCACUUUAGCUAAUGGGGCCUCCUGCUGCCGCCACGCUGCUGGAGCACAAUUUCUUUUCUCAUCCUGAAGCAAAGUUCUUAACCUGAAGCACUAUUUCUGGGUUAGCGGGGUCUGUAACCUGAAGCGUAUGUAACCUGAGGUACCACUGUACUGUCGGUGUGAACACAUCUUAAAAUUUAGACGGGGAUAUAUUGUUGUGGUUAUUUGUUCCUUAUUCUGUCCCUUAUCUUGAAGUCCCAGACCUGAAGGGUGUGAAUGGUGAGUUAAAGGGAUCACCCAUGCUCUACUUUCUAAGCACAGGUCUGGGAUUUCCGAGUCCAAAUGGUUUUUUUUGGGGGGGGGAGGGGAGAAGGGAAGAGAAGAGAGAGGGAUUUUCAAAAUCUGAUUUUGAGUUUAAGAGGCAUUGGAAUAAAGGGACUUCCGGGUUAGCGCCAUCGGCGAAUGGCGGAGUUCCUCCGACCAGAGGAACUGGCUCCGUGGAAACUGGGUCUUCCCGCCGCGGCGAAGGUGGGGACCCGCUAGAAAUCCCAGGCGGAGGAAGCCUGGGAACGUGGGGUUCGGCAGGGCACCAGGAGCGCCUCCCUACUCACGGGAACCCCAUUUCGGGUUCCGGAGUGAAGUGGGGUGAGCGGCGCGGUGCUGCGAACUGAUUGCUACUUUCACGGAGUGAAGCCGCACAGCCAUUGCCGGAGAGCGCUGACUUUUUCCUGUGGACAAUUGGAUUUAAAACAAGUACCCGUGAGUAGAAACGGAAAAUUGGAUCAAGAAAUAUCCUAAUUUGGCACCGAAGCGGGAAGGUUCAAAACAGGAAGUCCGCCUUCCGCUUUUUGUAUAUAGACUGAAGCAAAAACCUUGUAAGCUAAAGCCUGGAAAGUCGUUAAAAAAAGUUUAAAUUUCCUUCAUUUAUAAUCACUAAAACCCCUUGGAAGAAGGAGAAAAGGGGGGGGGGACUUUGUUUAAGCCUGCAGGAGAGGGAGUGAAGAAAGAUAAGUUUCCACCGUCUCUAACCUGGGAACGGGGUGUCAGAGACAGAAAUUGUUGGAGAGGUUCACUGACUGUGAAUGGAAUACUUUGACAGAUAGCUAAAGAAGAGAAAUAAACUGAUUCCAAUGUUGCCUUUUGCAUUCUAAAGAAACAAAAUAUCUGAAAAAUGAAAGUAAUUUUCCUUUGUUGGACUUGCCUUAAAAAGAUGGAUACAAAUAGAAAUUGUCUCCUCUAGAGGGAGCUUGUUAAAUUGUUGCUGCAGUCUACUUGAGGACUCUACAGCUGUGAGAUUAAGAUCGUGGGACCAGUCCUUUUGACCUUGAAUAAAAAUGAGCUGGGAGGAAGUUUUGGUGCUUGCUUUAUGCAAGACAAGUGCUUUGUUGGAACAGAUGCAUGAGAAGAUGGAUCUGAUGAAUGAGAAAACGGAUUUGAUGACUGUUGUGGUCAAUAACUGUGGACAAACAGGGAAUAUUGAUACAGAAACCAUUCAGGGACCAACUCAGGAACCUGUAUUGAUUGGGCAAGUGCAGAAGAUAAUGGAGGAGGUUGCGGUUGCACCUCAAAUAAUACAAAUGGAGAGAUCCGAGGCCCUGCAGGAGCAUAAGCCGCUGUUUUUGAAGAUUGAAGUUGGAGUGGGCCAGGGGGAGUCUGGAGCUGAGGAGGUUCUUAACUUCGGAGGGACUUUGAAAUAUGCUCUUAAAUAUUUUUGGAUUACAUUGAUGACUGUGGGGAGUGGGACUGUGGGGAAUGGGCUGGUUUGAUGAAGGGAGAUGGAGAUAAUUUUGGGCUGGAACCUCCCAGAGACCUACUCCUCAAUGAGAAAGGAAAGAAAUUAAGAAAGAGACCAACAAAAGACAAGGAAAAGUGCAGGUAUAAACAAGAAGAAGAAGAUCUGCAGAAGGGACAUGGAAGAGACUUAAGAGCCUCGGACAUAAGAUUACCAGGUUGAUGGACUAGAUGGAAUGGACAGUAAGGACUGACAUGACCCGAGACCAGGAAGAAGAGACGUUGGAUGAAGAUUGGAAGAAAAUUUAUAAAGGAAAAUUUUUAUUUAGGGAAUUAGCCUAAAAUUAAUGAAUAUUAGGGGAAAUGUUGGAAUGAAACUAUAUGGUUUUAGUAGAAAUGAUAUAAGGAGUCAUGUAUAAUUGAGUAUUAAGUUUUAAGCUCUAAGGUAUUUUACGGUAAGAUAAGGUUAAAUAAAUCAAGGCAAUUUGAAUAACAGAAUAUGGGGAAAGAUGGAAAGGAUUUGUUGAGUUAAUUAAUAGGUUAAAUUGUUAAGAUAAAUUAUUCAAUAAAAAUUGAGAAAGAUGGAAAGAAUUUGCUGAAAUAACUAAUUAAACUAGAAUACAAAAAGGGAGGUGUGAGGAGGUCAAUGAAACAAGCAAAUGGAAGUUAAAGAUAUGUAAUAUGGGAUUUGUGUUUUUUUUCUUUUUCUUUUUGCUGUAUUGGUUUUUAUGCUUUGUUUUUUUUUCUUCUUCUUUUUUAUGUAUUGUAGUGUUGUUUUCUAUUUUUUCUUCUUUUCUGUAAUUCUGAAACUUUUAAUAAAUAUCUUUUUUUUUUUAAAAAAAGGAAAUUCCAAGCGAGGCAAAAAAAAAAAGAAAAAAAAAGAAAAGAGGCAUUGGAAUAAAGGGUGGAAUGGGAUGGGUUGGGACUGUCAAUCCGAAGCAGUAAUUGAAGUAUUGUGGAAGGUUAUAGGGAUUCAUGAAUCUUCUAAUGCAAUGGGGAGAUCCUAAGGGACUGGCCAAACUGUAUUUUUAUUGUAUCUCCCUCUGUUUCUCAGAUACUGUGGCUGCACGUCCAUCAGGCCUUUGGCUGUCUCUUUCACCUCCACGCAACACUUUUGCUCGAGGAGAACAGGCUUCAUUGAUAUGCUCCCUGCCAGAAGGACAGAGGGCAACGGGGUUCUAUUUCUAUGAAAAGAGAGGAGGUGUACCAGUCAUGUAUGGACAACAGGCGAAAAAUAUCUUGGAGGUUUCCACAGAAUACCUGGAAACAAACAAAACAUUUCUCUGUGCUUACCUGGGGGAAAAGAGUUCAGGAGGACGCUUCCUGUCUUCACUGAGUAACGAGGUUGUGCUGUCCAUCACUGGUGAGAAACGUACUCUUUGUGACAGAAUUGCAUGCACGAAAGCUAAGUCAGCUUGGGGAUCAUAGCUCCUUCUCUGCCCAGCUCCUACUCUGGCUGGAAACAUUGUGGAAUUCAAAGAUCACCCGUAAUUUCAUAGUCCUUCCAAACUCCUCUUUUCUUCUUGUCUGCCUUUGAAACGCAUUGCCCCUUCCAGAACAACAUCGGAGGAAACAAAGGCAGGGUGCCUGCCCCAAGGAGCAUACAAGGGAUGUUGUCACAUGGGGAUCCCUUCUGACCUUGGGAUUCUCUUUGAUUCUCUCUGCAGAUGAACCACUUUCCACAACGCCUACCUUUUCCACUCCUGACCAGGCUGUUCUGAGAUUUGACGCCACAACCAGGCCACCUAGAAAGUAAACACUAGAAACUUCAUCAACCAGCUCUUCUCACUACAUCACAAGACGACCCUCAAAACGCACGAAGCUCCUUGCAUCAAGCACCUCCUGGUCCAGCUCUUCGCAGUUGAGUCUGCAUUAUAGCACCUCAACCAGCAGCACCAAUGCUCAGGAGAGCAGGAAAUCAUCCACCUGCUGUGAUCCCAAAUCAACCACAGACCAAAAGAAUGACGAUUCAGAAAAAGGUACGCCCCUCUCAUGAGCCUGUUACUUUAGAAAGGACUCUCUCUCUCUCUUUCUUUCUUUCUUUCUUUCUUUCUUUCUUUCUUUCUUUCUUUUAUAUUUGUAUAAAAUUGUGAUUUUAUAGGUAAUAAGCCACCCUGAGUGCUGCAGUUGCACUAGAAGGGAGCAAAAUGUCUAAAUAAAUAAAUAAAUAAAUAAAUAAAUAAAUAAAUAAAUGUUGCACUGUAAAUAACCCACCUGAUUCAGCUCAGUGAGGAAUAUUAUUUUCACCCUACGAAAAUAAAUGUAAGCAUUCCUACUUAUGACUGAUUUGUUUGAUUUUGUACCGAUAUAUUUUUGUCUGGUGGUAUUGUUUCAUAUCUGAUGGUACUGUAUUGUUAUUUUAUCAUGCGUGGCUAUGUUUUAGGUGAUAAAAUAGGAAUGUUAUGAUGUUGCCAUGCUUCUGUUUGAGAGGGCUCGACCUGAAAGGCAGCCUAUAACUACAGAAUAUGGAUGGUUGGAAAGAAUAAUAUUUAGAAAGGGCCAAUCAAUGGACCUUCAGAGACCAGGGAGGGAAGAGGAAGGGUGGAAGAUAGAAUGGCCAAAGAGGGGAAUAUGUGGAGCAGCAAAGUUCAUAGAUACUAGCCAAGUCUUCGUUUUGUAACAAUUGACUAGUUCUCUGACCAAUAACCCCGUUCUGAUCAACAGCAAUUCUCUUGCAGGUUCAUAUCCUUGUCUAAUCUCACUGGCCAUUAGAUGUGGCACCUGCGGAUGUCUCCUCCUCCUGGUGUUUGUUGACUGCAUUUAUAGGAGGAAGUACAAAGGUAUUUGGCAAGGCAGGGGAAGCUGAGCCUGGGGAGGUGGACAUCCCAGGAGGAAUGCAGAUGUGGGUGAAAGUAACCCCUGAUGGAAUCAUCACAGCCAGAAUUAUCACUAACUGCUUAUGCACAGCAUGCCUUCUUCAUUUUUUUUUUUUUGACAAAGUAAUAAUUAUAAAUAAUUAAGAAUGAAAAUGUGCACCCCACCACCAAGAUCAGUACAGUACGAAUUCCGCAAAUACCCUCCAUAUCUCCUCAAAAUAUUUUCUCCUGCAUAUUCCCCGUCUUACCUUAAUAGCACAUGUUAAUUUAUCAUUCAUAGCUAUAUCCCACACCUCUUUAUCCCAUUCUUCCAUUUUAUAUUCUGUUUUCCCUUGCAUUUCCUAGCUAUAAUAAUCGUGUAGCUGUCAAUAAAUUUGUGAGCAAGUUCUUCCUAGCCUUCAAACCUUCCACCCCAUCGUAAAUUGAUAAUAAUGCUACCUCUGGACUUUCGAUCAGCUUUAACCCAGUGAUUUCUGUUAUCUCCUUAAAUGCCCUUUGCCAGAAAAAUUGAACAUAUUUAUAUCCCCACCACAUGUGAACAUAAUUCCCGGUUUCUUGGCAUCCCCUCCAACAUAGCACCGAAUAUUCCUUGUUUAUUUGAUUUAAUCUGACUGGUGCUAAAUACCAUCUCCAAACUAAUUUAUAAUAAUUUUCUUUUAUUCUUAUGACAACAUUUUCAAUGUUUCUCCCAUAUCCCCCCCCCAGCUGUGACUAUCUGCCAUGUUGUCUCCUUUUCCCACACCUCUUUUAAUUGAUCUUCUUCAUCCUCCAUUUCUACUAAUAUUUUAUAAAUUUCACUGGUUUCCCCUUUUAUAACUGUAUUUUCUUCUCUAUCUCUUCUUUUUAUAAUCUCCCCCCCAAUUUUUUUGUAUAUUCUUUACAGUUCUUGUUUUCCCUUAACCACUUCUUUGUCCGUUGCUCCAGUUGUAUACAGUUAAACCAAGUUAUUUUACUUCCUGUUAGAGCUCCUCUUAUUUGUUCUUUGCUUCUGCCUUCUUCGUGUUUGUCCUCAUCUCUUCAACAACAGCCAGACACACCAAAACCUGCAUUUGCAGGAGAAGCUAUUUCCAUCAGUAUUUUUUAUCAGGAGAAACCUCGCCUGUUCUAUUUCUGUGUGUCAGGUUGCAGUUAGAAGCACAGCAGCAAGGUUAUAAAAGGGAGCAGCCCCAUCUAUUUGUCCAGGACAGAGAUCUGAAAAUGUUUGCAAUGCCCUCUUCAUGGAGAUGCCAUUGAAAACUGUUCGAACCUUCUGUGGUUUUAAAAGACAGCGGCUUAUAAAGAGCACAUCCUGUCAGCAUUUGUAAAACCUUUGCAGACUCUCCGUUUGUUUCAGAUUCAAAAUGAUGGCCUCUUGGCCCUCAAAGCCUUAAACAACAACCAUCCUUUAAUUCCCCCCUUUAUUUACCCAUUAAGAAUUACACACAAUGAACUACAUUGUUCUGUUGUAAAAGAAAAAAUCUUCACAAUAAGAGGCUAGAAAAGGAGAAAAAAGAAAAAGAAGAGAAAAGAAAGAAUAAAGAAAAAAUUAAACAAAAAAUCUUAUGAAAAACGUACAAGAAAUGCAAACCAUCAUCGACAUUAUUAUAAACAUAUAUUUCCAGUAAGAAAUCCUUUUAUCUUCAGCUUAUCGAUUUCUCCUUGCCAUUCUUACUUUCUUAUCUAUACCUGAUCUCUGGUUUUAUUCCUUGAUUUAUUUGAUGACUUCCUUCUACCACUAUGCGGUUUCUAAUUUCUCAUAUCUUAAAAUUUCUGCAUCCAUUUUAACUCAGUGGAGAACUAUUCUCUUAUCUCUGUGGAAUUUAGUCUAUUCUCAGCCAAGUGUCAUCACUGGAACCGUGUUGCAUCAUGUAAUUUUUAAAAACAUCCCAUUCUUUUUUUUAAUCCUAUCUCCUGAAUAGUUUCUUAUGAAUUCUGUUAAUUUCGGUAAUUCAAGAUAUUCACAUAUCUUUAGGUGCCAUUCUUCUUUUGUCGGUAUUACAUUACUUUUCCAGUACUUUGCUAUAAGAAUCCUGGCAGCCGUAGUAGCAUAAAGAAAAACUCUUUUGGGAUGUUUGUUGUAAAAAUACCUAAUAAAAAUAAUUCUGUUUUUUAAGGAAAUGUAUAUUUUAACAUUUUCUUCAAUUCUUCAUAUAUCGUGUCCCAAAAUAAUACGUGAGCAUAGCUGCCUUCCAUCCUUGAAAUUUCACCCACUUCUCUGAGUGUUGCAGCACUGUUCCCCAGCCAAGCAAUGUAAAGUGCAGCAUUCUAGAGGAUAUUGCGCCUUACGUGCUCUAAAUGUGGGAACCCCUGGUGCCCUGUCUUUGUGUCUCCUUCUUCGCUUAAGAGUCACACGCAUUCACAAACUUUUUCUUUUCUUUUCUCAGAUAAGAGAGUGAUCACAGCAAGGUGAGUGAGUACGAAAACUUGGGGCAGCUGUCAGAAGCAGCUUCCUCCAGGCUGUUAGACAUGACGCUGCGGUUUGUGUGGCUCCCCCCCCCCCCCGUCAUCGGAGGAGUUGGGGCUGCUGUGUGCUUAAAAACAGAAGCAGGGACAUGCAGUCAGGAGUGACAAGAGGCUGGAAGGGCGUGGCUGCUUAAAAAAAGCCACCUCUUUUCAAGAAGAUAAAAAGAGCUCUUUAGCACAAGGCAAAGGGGAUUCAUUUCGGCCAGCCUCCAUUUUCCAACUGUAGCCAGCCAGAUGCCUCUGGGAAGCCCACCAGAAGGCCAUUCCUAAUUCCUGCUCCCCUGGUUUUCAGAGAUAGAAUCAUAGAAUUCUAGAGUUGGAAGGGACCCUGAGGAUCAUCUAGUUCAGGCAUCCCCAAACUCGGCCCUCCCGAUGUUUUGGGACUACAGCUCCCAUCAUCCCUAGCUAACAGGACCAGUGGUCAGGGAUGAUGGGAAUUGUAGUCCCAAAACAUCUGGAGAGCUGAGUUUGGGGGUGCCUGAUGUAGUCCAAUCCCCUGCAAUGCAGGAAUAUGCAGCUGCCCCAUACGGGGAUCAAACCUGCAACUUUGGCAUCAUCAGCACCACGCUCUAACCAACUGAGCUACCCAGGAAGAAGGACCAAAAGGACAAGUUUGGGGGUUGCAGAUAAGGAGGGGGAAAUACAUUAAAAAAAUAAUAAAAAUUGUCCAGUAGCACCUUAGAGACCAACUAAGUUUGUUCUUGGUAUGAGCUUUUGUGUGCACGCACAUUUCUUCAGAUACACUGAAACAGAAGUCACCAGACCCUUAUAUGUAGUGAGACAGGGAGGGGUAUUACUCAGAAGGGUGGUGGGAAUGGGUGAUUGGCUGGUAGGUGUGUGAAAUAUACUCAGAGUCGAGAGUGGAUUUCAUGCUCUUUAUUCAGCUCAUAAUGGUGAGGAAGAAUGGAAUUUCCUCCACAAUAUCUGCUUUAUAUACAUUAUUUACACAAUGGGCCCCACAUGAUUGGCUAAUUCUGGGAUUCUCCUGUAGGCCAAUCAGGUUGCGGAUUCACUUCCACCUGGAGCUGGAUUGGGUGGCUCCUGCGGACCAGUCAUACUGCUGCAUUGUUCUAGGACCAAUCAGUCUGCUGCAUUCUGAAUCCUAUUGUUCUAGGACCAAUCAGACUGCUGCAUUUUGGAUCCUAUUGUUCUAGGACCAAUCAGACUGCUGCAUUUUGGAUCCUAUUCAACUCAGUACAUAACACCGUGGUAAACCUAUUGACGACUCUUUACCACACCUAUCAGCCAAUCACCCAUUCCCACCACCCUUCUGAGUAAUACCCCUCCCUGUCUCACUACAUAUAAGGGUCUGGUGACUUCUGUUUCAGUGUAUCUGAAGAAGUGUGCAUGCUCACGAAAGCUCAUACCAAGAACAAACUUAGUUGGUCUCCAAGGUGCUACUGGACAAUUUUUUAAUUUUUAUAUAUAUAUUUCUACUGCGUCAGACCAACACCGCUACCUACCUGAUUCAGGAGGGGGAAAUGACUGGCAUAUUGGAGAGAAGGAAAGAUGUCUGUAAGGGAUGGGGUGGCUGGGACAGGGACAGAGCCAGUGGACAGGGAAAGUUGGGGGCAGAAGGGGCGAAGGGAGCAGAGCAGGAUUCCAGGUUGCCGGAGGCUGGGCUAGAUGACCCUUGGCGGUCCCUUCCAACUCUAUGAUUCUAUGAUUCUAAUGUCUAUUCUGGACCCAGUAGGCCAGGCAGCUCCUGCUACAUGCUUCUGUCCUCAGACAGAUGCUUUGAUGGCCGUUUGGACUUCUCACAAGAGGGGGAUUCAUUGAGUUACUUGGCCGUUCACCUUUGCUAUGAGCUGCUGUGUGUAUUCUCUGUGUAAGAAACUGGGACGGAAACUGUGGAAACAUUUACAAAUAAAAUAAAAUAAAAUAGUUUAGCGAGGUUAUUUCCCCCUCCAUUCAUGGCUGGGGUUGGGAGAUUCUUUCUGUCUUUCAUAUUGAAACCAUCACAACUUCCUCCAUGAAACCUUUGACAAUACAAUAACUGCCUCCCCCCAAUUUCUAUUUAAGGAAAUAGAAACUGAGCUAUGGGAUUGGCUGCUACAGGAUGUGGUUUAGAUGCCUUUUGAAAAGAGGUACAUUCGUGAAGAAUAUUCUGCCAAAACAUUUUAGUCAUGACAGCUUAGUAGAUCUUCAUUGUGCAGAAGCAGUCUACCUCUGAACUGCUGUGCACUGGAGAUAAGCAAAAGAGGAUGGUGGCCUGUUUGUGAGUUGCCCAGGAGUGUCCAGCUGGCUGCCGCCAAAACUGGAUGAUGCAAACCCUCAAUUUGCUCCCAACAGCCUUGGGGGAUCAUCAUUCUUUGAACAUGUCCCUCUAUUUCCUUCUCCUUUUCAGAACUCAGGCGCCUUUUUCUUCCUUGCUGCCCCCUACUCUGCCUCAGCCCCCAAUAUCGCAAUUAUGGAUGGAGAGCAGAGCGAAACCGGCCGAAGACCAGGAGGAAGGUCUCUACAACAACAUUCCCCUUCAGGGCAAGAAGAGAGCAGAAUGAUACAGAGAUUCUGAAGACGAAUGAGCCAUCGGGGAGAUUAAAAUAUUCAGAUGGGGAUUUACGACCAGGGAGAUGGGGUGGAAGGGGUCAGGGAAGAGGGCAGUGUUAUGCCUUCCCCUGCCUAUUCCAGCAUAUGGCUUGGCUCACUUUCUGCAGCACUUUCCUCAAGAGCAGGGGUCAGCACACUCUUUCAGCAGGGGGCCGGUCCACUGUCCCUCAGACCUUGUUGGGGGGCCGGACUAUAUUUUGAAGGAAAAAAUAUGAACAAAUUCCUAUGCCCCACAAAUAACCCAGAGAUGCAUUUUAAAUAAAAGCACACAUUCUACUCAUGUAAAACAUGCUGAUUCCUGGACCAUCCGUGGCCCGGGAUUAGAAGGCAAUUGAGCCGGAUCCGGCCCCCGGGCCUUAGUUUGCCUGCCCAUGCUCAAGAGUUUGUCAGUCUAAAAUACUUUGCCGUGUUGUCCAAUCUCAAUAUUUUGAUCUUGGAUUGUUUUUUGUUGUAUGUUUAUAUUUUUAAAAAUCAAAUAAAAAAUUUAUAUAAUGUGACCUGUUUGGGUAUUUUCUUUGUAAUUAAAGAAAUAUUUCAAAUAAAUAAGUAAAUCAAAACUUUUUUUUUCCAGUCUCAUUUUCUCUUCUUUCCUGUAUGGUAUCCUUUGGAGGUAAGAUGAAAACUGAUGCAUCCCUGAAACUAAGCUUUCCCCCUGAAGGUAUUCCCUCGCGAGACAGAAAGACAACAUGCACACAUGGGCGUAGCCAAGAUUUUUGUUAGGAGUGGGGAGGGACUAUGUUGGGGGGGGGCAGAACGAAUGCGAUUGGUCAGUUAGAUAGGUAUUUCUAUUGUUUUACCUGAUCGGGUUCCAAACAGUUCAUUAAAUAGCUCUGUUAUCACCCAGCUUUGUCUUGAUCCGUUCAGAAGAUCAUGCAAGAUCUUAAUGCAGAACUAAGUUCCAUUCAGGAACAGUCCUUUGCACAGUGAACAGUAUUGUUCACUCGAUAAAAAUGAAAGCUAAAGUAAAAGGCAGUAAGGACUUGCAAACUGAAAAGGAAAGCGUAAUGAUAAAAGGAAAAACUGAUAAUGAAUACCCCCCACCCAAACCCUCCAAUGGACAAUUAUAGGCAAUGAAUCAUUGCUUUGUGAACUGAAAUCAUCACAAGCAGUACACUCUCAAUUACAGUCCCAGAAACCCUUUAAACCAUGGGUAGGCUAACUAAGGCCCGGGGGCCUGAUCCAGCCCAAUCGCCUUCUAAAUCUGGCCCGUGGACGGUCCGGUAAUCAGCGUGUUUUUACAUGAGUAGAAUGUGUGCUUUAAUUUAAAAUGCAUCUCUGGGUUAUUUGUGGGGCAUAGGAAUUCGUUCAUAUUUUUUCCUUCAAAAUAUAGUCAGGUUAGGUAAUUCUGUCUCUAUAAUUCCCAAAAGAAAAGCCUCUGUUUUUUUUAAACAAAGGUUAUUUUAAACACCCUGUUCAUUUCAUUAUAUAUCAUUUUCCUUUUCUAUGUACUAGAAUGGGAAAAUCCCAAUUUCUCUGUCUGUCUGUCUGUCUGUCUGUCUGUCUCACUCCUCUCUUCUUUCCUUCCAAUCUCCCUGUCAUCCUUUGGCGAUCCGUCUAUGCAGGUGAAGUUGACUUCUGCUCUUCCCUUCUCCCAUCCUGCUGCACAUUGUUCCAUUUGGGUUGCUUCAAGAAGUUUGACCGCAGAGAAAAACAGGUGAUGGAACAGCAAGAUCAGAUGUGAUUAGCAGUUCCUAGAUGGAGCUGGAUAAAGCUUGUGGUUAUGGCUAAAGCCUAUAGGCCGAGUUCUGCACACAGCUCAGGGUGUGUGUCUACACAAUGUUCAGGAGUCGAGGGUGUGAUGUUGUGCUUCCUGUCUUUAGUCUUUGCUUUGAGAAGACAGGCUUCGGCAAGGCCGGUUCAUUGUCUCUCUUGGGACAGAAAUCAGAGAGAAGGUGGAUUUGGGGCUCCAGCCGUGGUUGUUCUUCCAGGGAUACUGGCUGAGCAUGAAGUCUGCUGCUUUGGUGACAGGUUGGUGACCUCUCUGCUCAACUCAGAUUGGAAAUUUGCCAUCUAUCUCACAUUCACACUGCAUCUCUCCUUUGCUCUUCACUUCCAGUCUGUCUCCAGAUUCUCCUCGGGAGAUCAGUCCAGGCAGGUAAAGCGGAUUUCCGUUCUUCUUUCAACUUUUGUGAUAGGAGACAGAAGCUCUAUGGGAUGCAGGAGUGUCACAUUUUGCAUGAUUGGGUGGAUGGCGGCUAGCAGAUUGAGGCCGAAUCCUGACAAGACAGAAGUACUGUUUUGGGGGACAGAGGGCGGGCAGAUGUGGAGGACUCCCUGGUCCUGAAUGGGGCAACUGUGUCCCUGAAGGACCAGGUGUGCAGCCUGGGAGUCAUUUUGGACUCACCGCUGUCCUGGAGGCGCAGGUCAAUUCUGUGUCCAGGGCAGCUUUCUACCAGCUCCAUCUGGUAUGCAGGAUGAGACCCUCCCUGCCCGCAGACUGUCUCGCCAAAGUGGUGCAUGCUCUGGUUAUCUCCCGCUUAGACUACUGCAAUGCACUCUACGUGGGGCUACCUUUGAAGGUGACCUGGAAACUAAAACUAAUCCAGAAUGCGGCAGCCAGACUGGUCACUGGGAGUGGCCACUGAGACCAUGUAACACUGGUCCCAAAAGACCUACAUUGGCUCCCAGUACAUUUCCGAGCACAAUUCAAAGUAUUGGUGCUGACCUUGAAAGCCCUAAACGGCCUCUGCCCAGUAUACCUGAAGGAGUGUCUCCACCCCCACCAUUCAGCCCGGACACUGUGGUCCAGCUCUGAGGGCCCUCUGGCAGUUCCCUCCCUGCGAGAAGUGAGGUUACAGGGAACCAGGCAGAGGGCCUUCUCAGUGGUGGCGCCCACCCUGUGGAAUGCCCUCCCAUCAGAUGUCAAGGAAAUAAACAACUAUCUGACUUUUAGAAGACAUCUGAAGGCAGCCGUGUUUAGGGAAUUUUUUUAGUGCUGUGACAUCACAUUGGUGGGGAAGGGGAGAAGGGAGGAGAGAGAGAUUUUCAAAAUCUGAUUUUGAGUUUAAGAGGCAUUGAAGUAAAGGAUGGAAUGGGAUAGUCAAUCCCAAGCAGUAAUCAAAGUUGAGCCAUUUUGGUAGCUGUAACUGUGAGAGAGAACAAAGGACCUCUGGCCAAGAUCUCUCAGCAUAGUCACAAAACUGCCACCAUCAUAGUUCCUAGGGGAAGCCAACAGAGUACAAUACUGAAGAUUCAAGUCUGUCGUGAAGAUGAGCUUUAAUGUGAUGUAGCAAAGGGGCAGGGUUAUUUUAAGCAGUUCUUCAGUCUUGGGGGGCACAGAUAUUGUUGCUGCUCUACAACUCCCAUCAUCCCCUGCCAACUUAGCAGAAGUUGUAGUUCAACAACAUCUGGGGGCCCAAGGUUGAAGAACUGUGUAAGCCUUUGCUUACGUGGCUGGAAACAUUGUGGAAUCUGGACGAGAGAUCGCAUCCAGAGAGAGCAACUCCAUCAGGAUUUCGGGUGAGGAGGCCUUUCUUUGCAAUAUGGAUCUCUUGAAAGUUGAAGUGGGAAGCUGGAUUGAAACUGAGGAGUUUGGCUGGUCAAAGGAACAGGAGGGGAAUUUUAUUAAUAGAAUUAGAGUAUGUACAAAAUUCAAAUAUCAUCAGAAAUUCUGUAGUCCUCCCAAAGUCCUAUUUCCUUUUCUCAUUAAUCUGCUUGCUUACUGAGGGGGAGAGAGAUUAUUGGUCUACAACUCCCAUCAGUCAUCCACCAAACAGCUUGAUGGGAGUUGCAGUCCAACAACAUCUGGCAACCCAAGGUUCAAACAUGCUUGUUUAGGUGAGCUUUCCUCAAGAAAUUAUGUUUGUCAAAAAUCGAAAGGUUUUGUUGAAAAGUUCCUCCAGUUAAUGACAUGGAAUUAUUAGAAUGCUGUUUUGAUAGUGACCCCAAGGAAGUAGAUUGUGGAAAUCUGUGUGUAGCAUUUGUUUAAUGCAGGACUAAGAAGGACCAAGACAUUCUUGGGGCUGAACAAGCAUACCUUGAACCAACAAGUCAUUUAAAGAAUUUGUCGAUGAGGAACCAAAGGAGAAUAGCUUAAGAAAGGGGCUGAAUGGCAUUUUCCCCUUGCACUUCUUCCCUUUCCCCAAUGCAGUUCUGCCUCCACCAGCUCCGGAGCUGUCCAUCAUCCCUCCAAGACAGACCUUUCUCCAGGGACAACGGAUCACGUUGAAAUGCUCCCCUCCGGAAGGGCAGCUGGCAGCCAAGUUCUUAUUUUAUGAAAUUAAAGCAGAUGGUAAUUACACUAGACCCCAAGAACAGUUUGAUAAUACCCUGGAAAUUACUGCAGGAUUUCAGGAAACAAAGAAAUCAUUUGUCUGUGCCUACUUGGAAGAAAACAGUGCAGGACAACUGUCUGAACGGAGUAACCGCAUUGAGGUUUCCAUUAGAGGUGAGUUAAGUUUGGCUAGUUCAUAUCAUCAGAAGGCAGAGGGCCUUCUUGGUAGUGGCACCCACUAGGAAAUAAACAACUACCUGACUUCUAGAAGACACCUGAAGGCGCCUUCCUUAAGAAUUUUUUAAAUAUUUGAUGUCUUAUCAUGUUUAUAAUAUUAUAUUGUGAGCCGCCCAGAGUGGCUGGGGAGACCCAGCCAGAUGGGCGGGGUAUAGAUGAUAAUUAAUAAUAAUUAAUAAUAAUAAUAAUAAUAAUAUCCCUUAACUGUGGCAAAGUGUACAACAGUACCCCCUGUGAGAAAGAGGCACUGGCAUGAACUAUGGGGAUGCUUUGGGCUGGAGUAAGAGGACAAUUUCAGACCCACAUUAUGGUCCCUGGAGAGACUUCUUAUAGGCAUCGUAGCAGCAGUAACCCUGGUGAGCUGCAGUUUCGGAAGAAAAAUAAAACAAUCCAUAUCUCAUGUAUACUGUUCCAAACCUUCUCCUGCAGGGGAGGUGAAUUUAUUUUGAAAUCACCCCUUGAAAUGAACCUGGAGCUGCUUCAGGGGGCCGCUGAACACAUGGGCCCCUGAACACACCACUAGGCUGGCUGCCCCUUGUCUCCUAGCACUAUAGGAGAAGGAGAAGGUCGGGGGGACGUUUUAUCCUUUCCCCCACCCUGAAACUCCCCCCUUCUCUACAAAUCCUGAACAGGACGAGGAGGCUCCUGUUGCAAGAAGAACACAACUAUUAACUGCUAGACAUACACUGCAACAUUUUGUUGCAGGUCACCCUGGUCUCCUGCCCUGCCAAACUUGGGCAGUCUUACAUUUUGCAGUUUGAAGGGAAAUGGGGCAUUGCCAAACAAGGCUCGCUUCUUAUUCCUUAUCUGUUUAUUUGCUUCUCAGGCCAUCUUCGUCCUCCGUUCUUCUCUGUGUCCCCAAAGCUUGACACCUACAGCAGUGGGGAGAUUGUGAACCUCACAUGCUCUGCUCCUGAAAACCUUCUCAUGUCAAGGGUUCUCUUUAAGAAGGACCAAUGGCUGUUGCAUGUCUACAGGCCCCCUUCUCCUCUGGCCUCCUUUACGUACACGAGGCGCUUGUCUCCUCAAGACAGCGGGGAGCAUCUUUGCACGUACCGAGCUGCAGAAUCAAGCCAGAAAAUCUCAUCCCCAGAAAGCAACAGCAUCAGGAUUUCAGUGAUGGGUGAGGCCUUAAAAAAACACGUAGUUCUCUUGGAAGACGAAGGGGAAGGCUGCCCUAGAAUGUUCCAGGUUCAAUCCCCGUUGUCUCCUGGUGGGUCUGGGAAACUCUCCUGCCUGAGGACCUGGAGAGAGAUGCUUCCAGUCAGUGUAGACAAUGCUAGCAGGACCACUGGUCUGGCGUGGUUAUAAGGCAGCGGGUGAUGUUCUCAGAUGCCAGGGUUACCUCAGAGGUGGGAACCUUGUUGAUAUCUGCUCAGACUGCAAUGUGGGCCUGUCUUUGUUUCUUGGACGAUAGCGCUGUAACCCAUAGUCAAGCAUUAAUACUACUCAUGAGUAAGAAACCAUACAAGGGGCCUGGGGGCAUGCUGCAAAGAUCUGACACAUCACCCUCAUACCAGUUACUUCUUUUAUAAUAAUUUUUAUUGGUUUUACAAUUUGGUUUGACAUUCACAGAUAAAAUCCAAUAAAAAAAUACAGAAUUCUCGGACUCCCAUCCUCCCUUUUGUGGAGUCCACAAAUAACCCUUUUCACUGCAAAUUAUAUUAUCCUCCAUUUAUCCAGAAUAUUUUCUCUUGUAGUUCUUUUCACAUUGCAAGUGUUAUUUCAAUCUUGAUAAUGUUUUUAACUGUUUACAGGGUUCUGUCAAAUAUAUUACAAAUGUUUCCCAGUCCUUAUUAAAAAAAUUAUUGCCCAGAAAAAAUAUGGAACGCUUCACAAAUUUGCAUGUCAUCCUUGAGCUGGAGCCAUGCUAAUCUUCUCUGUAUCAUUCCAAUUUUAGUACAUGUGCUGCCGAAGGGGUCACCACCCUCAUACCAUUGACAGAUGGUGAAGGUCUGAAGUGGGGAGACCCCUCUAUUGUACAAGUGGAGACUCCUAGGGCAAUUUAGGGGAUGUGAUGGCUUACACAUGACAUGAGUGGUACAGAUCCCCAAACUGUGAUCAAGAGUUUAGCCAGCUAACAUUUACCUUCCCGGACACUGCACAUUCCCCUGAAUAUUAUGCAACACAUGCUCCUGAUCUUCUCCUCUCCACUCCCCUCCUGAAGUCCAAGUGGGGAAUUCAUGAACCCACGACUCUCUGUUGACAACCCUGCCUGGAUGAACCUGAUUUAGUUAUGGCUUGCCCCUUAAAACCUCAGUGAGCCACAGACUCCAAAUCACUUAGCCAUUGUAUUCAUUUUCUUUUAAGGACAGCUCCUGUAGCUCAUGUAGCCAAUGUGGUGUAGUGGUUAAGAGUGGUAGACUCGUAAUCUGGUGAACCAGGUUCGCAUCUCCGCUCCUCCACAUGCAGCUGCUGGGUGACCUUGGCUAGUCACACUUCUCUGAAGUCUCUCAGCCCCACUCACCUCACAGAGUGUUUGUUGUGGGGAAGGAAGGGAAAGGAGAAUGUUAGCUGCUUUGAGACUCCUUCGGGUAUUGAUAAAGUGGAAUAUCAAAUCCAAACUCUUCUUCUUCCUUCCUCCUCCUGCCAGGGAUUGAAUCUCCCUGCCAGGGUUUGAAUUUAGGACAAGCAGAUAGAUGCUCUGACAUUGAGCAACAGCUUUUCCUCAUCUUGCGGUCCCUCCUAACCCCCUCUCCUUUGUGGCUGGCUCCUCCAGAUCCUCCUCCUGCCCCGGUGCUGACAGUGGACCCUCCGUCUGGAGUGGUGAAGGAAGGGGGAUUCCUGCGCCUCACUUGCUCGGCCUUUGGCAGCAACGCAGAGCAAAGGUUCCAUUUCUACAAGGAUGGGGUCAAGAUUUCCUCCAGCAGUGAAGAGUCUCUGGCGGAUUCUGGAGAACCCAGGAAUGCCUUCUCGAACGCCUCUGCAGACAUCCUGGUCCAAGUCACAGCCAGCAUCCACACUGGGGGAUUUGCUUGCAGGUAUGAGCAGAAACUGAGCAGCCGAUGGAUCAUGUCUCCCUGGAGCCAAACGGUGAAUGUCACAGGUGAGCCAUGCCCCACUGGGAACACAGAGCCCACAUUAGAAGUGGGACAGUCCUCUUGUGGGUUUUGUGUUUGAACUCCAAGACUCAAGGAUGGAGGGGAAAGAGCAAGGGGUGGGAACAAUGCCGUUCUUUGAUGCGACUACCAGCCUCCUCCUUCUCCUUCCUUCCUUCCUUCCUUCCUUCCUUCCUUUCUUUCUUUCUUUCUUUCUUAGAUUUUGACAAAGUAAUAAUCAUAGAUAAAUAAGAACAAAAUGUGCACCCCUCCACUGUGACCAUUCCAUUGCAACUAUUAAAUCUCCCAAAAUUCCAGUGCCACUUGCGAUGGUUUGACCCCUUUCCGUUUUAACAGUACAAAUUCUACAAACACCCUCCAUAUCUCCUCAAAAUCAUUUCUCCUGCAUAUUCCCCGUCUUACCUUAAUAGCACAUGUUAAUUUAUCAUUCAUAGCUAUAUCCCACACCUCUUUAUCCCAUUCUUCCAUUUUAUAUUCUUCUUGCCCCUUCCACUUCCUAGCUAUAAUAAUUUGUGCAGCUGUCAAUAAAUUUGAGAGCAAGUCCUUCCUAGCCUGUGAACCUUCCACCCCACCAUAAAUUGAUAAUAAUGCUACCUCUGGAAUUUUGGUCAGCUUUAACCCACUGAUUUCUGUUAUCUCCUUAAAUACCCUUUGCCGUUUUUAAAAACGUAUUUCAUUAUUGGAAAUAUGUAAAAUAUUACAUAUUGGACUACUGCAAUGUGUUCUACAUGGGGCUAACUUUGAAGGUGACCUGGAAACUACAACUAAUCCAGAAUGCGGCAGCUAGACUGGUGACUGGGAGCGGCCACCAAAACAAAAACACUGGUCUUGAAAGACCUACAUUGGCUCCCAGUACGUUUCCGCGCACAAUUCAAAGUGUUGGUGCUGACCUUUAAAGCCCUAAACGGUCUCGGUCCAGUAUAUCUGAAGGAGCGUCUCCACCUCCAUCAUUCAGCCCAGACACAGAGGUCCAGCUUUGAGGGCCUUCUGGCAGUUCCCUCCGUGUGAGGAGUGAGGUUACAGGGAACCAGGCAGAGGGCCUUCUCAGUGGUGGCGCCUGCCCUGUGGAACGCCCUCCCAUCAGAUGUCAAGGAAAUAAACAACUAUCUGACUUUUAGAAGACAUCUGAAGGCAACCCUGUUUAGGGAAUUUUUUAGUGCUGUGACAUCACAUUGUUGGGGAAGGAGUGAAGGGAGGAGAGAGAGAUUUUCAAAAUCUGAUUCUGAGUUUAAGAGGCAUUGGAGUAAAGGAUGGAAUGGGAUAGUCAAUCCCAAGCAGUAAUCGAAGUUGAGCCAUUUUGGUAGUUGUAACUGUGAGAGAGCUCAAAGGAGCUCUGGCCAAGAUCUCUCAGCAUAGUCACAAAACUGCCACCAUCAAAAACAGCCAUUCUGCUGUUUUUGCCAGGUACAAGGAACACAAAGCAAGGUCCCUGAAUAUAGUCACAAUGACCGCUCCCCGCUUAAAACGGGGGGCUCCCUUUGCGUGGACGCGCGCAGCCCCUAGAUCUGGAGCGGCUCCAUCAGCAUAGGCUUGGCUUUGCCUUUCCUCAGGUGGGAUACCUGGAGGUCUCCGCCUACCUCAGUCAGUUGUCCAAUCCCACCUGGGGAAGCGUUGCCAAGGAGAUCAGGCCAGGUAGGGGAGGGAUUACCUGCCCACACAAUAGAGGGAGUAUCUUACCUGGGAAUCCUCACUUGGCUCCAGAGUGCAAGGAACACAAAGCAAGGUCCCUGAAUAUAGUCACAAAGUCGACAUCCUCCUGGUUCCUUAGGGAAGGCAAGAGAGCACAAUUGCUAUAACAUUGAUUCAUGUUUUGAAUAUAGCUGAAUGUUAAGGAGAGGUGCUGGGGGGAUUGGUCUGGAAGUUGCACAGUCUCAUGUUGUAGCCCUAAAUCUCAUAUAUGGGGAAUUCUCUGAAUGGCAUUUCCCCCUUGCACUUCUUCCCUUUCCCCAAUGCAGUUCUGCCUCCACCAGCUCCAGAGCUGUCCAUCAUCCCUCCAAGACAGACCUUUCUCCAGGGACAACGGAUCACGUUGAAAUGCUCCCACCCGGAACGGCAGCUGACAGCCAAGUUCUUCUUUUAUGAAAUUAAAGCAGGUGGUAAUUACACUAGACCCCAAGAACAGUUAAAUAAUACCCUGGAAAUCACUGCAGGAUUUCAGGAAAUAAAGAAAACAUUUGUCUGUGCCUACUUGGAAGAAAACAGUGCAGGACAACUGUCUGAACGGAGUAACUGCAUUGAGGUUUCCAUUAUAGGUGAGUUAAGUUUGGCUAGUUCAUAUCAUCAGAAGGCAGAGGGCCUUCUUGGUAGUGGCACCCACUAGGAAAUAAACAACUACCUGACUUCUAGAAGACACCUGAAGGUGCCUUCCUUGAGAAUUUUUUUAAUAUUUGAUGUGUUAUCAUGUGUAUAAUAUUAUAUUGUGAGCCGCCCAGAGUGUAUGUAUGUAUUUAUGUAUGUAUGUAUGUAUGUAUGUAUGUAUAAAUAAUUUAUUUCUUUAAAGACUUGCUUUCAACAUUGUGUUAUGUACUUGUCUUGAAUUUACAAGAGGAAGCCUGUUAGUGUGUUUUUAAGGACAUCCCCGCUCCUUUAUUUUUUAUCUUCACAGCUCAGUUGCCAGAUUCAUCUGCUCCAUCAAUGGGGCAUGCAUGGUGGGCUAGUCUGCUUCUGAUCCCGGCGGUCCUGUUCGCUUACUGUUGUUGGAGAAAGAAAGGCAGUAAGUGAUGGGAACUUGGGACCAUCUAGCUUAAUCCCCAGAAGAAGAGCCUGCCUCUUGUUGGGCCUAGUUCCAUUGAUUAACCAUGCACUGCUAUUAUAUAAUCCCAUAAUAAUACAAUCUGUAAGUGGAAACCAGCCCACUUUGUUAAGUUAAUGACUUGGGCUGGCUAGUUAAGUACCACAAUUUAGCAUAACGAAAAAAGAUGCUCUGUGUCAUAGAAUAGAUGGGUUGGCUUUUCUUCCAGCUCCUCACCUACCUACAUAGGAGAACAAUAGGCAGAGUUCUGUGAGAGCUGGAAGCUGGAGAAAGAGUGGAGAAAGGCUGGGGGGGGGGGAGCAGAAAAAAUGGGGGGGGGGGGACAAGUUUCUUCCCAAUUUUUCUGGGUUUUUUCCAGGCCUUCCCAUCUCUAAGAGAGAGACAUGUUUGCUCUCAGUUUGGGGGCUGUCCUGGAAAGCUAAUGGGGAAGCAAGAUCUACUGGGAUGUCAAUGCUAUGAUACCUUCCAUCCUAUGCUCUGGUUGUUUAUGUGUGUAAAUAAAAGCAUAUACCCUAGAGACACCACAGUGUUCUGACCUUCGUUCCAAGGAAACUGAGUCCUGGAUCAGUGCAGGAAUUUGUGGAGUCUCUCACAGAUCAGAGAUUAGGAUGGUGCAGAACCAUACUUUUAACUUUUCACUCCCUUUCUCUCUCUCUCUAGUUCUUUUUGCCCUGGGCACAUCAGAAUAUCAGCGAGCAUCUGUGCCAAAGGAAAGCAAGGAGGAAACAAGUCAAGACAUGUUUGGGUUGUCGGUACCCCAAACGACAGACUUUCAGGUCAAAGUAAGUAGAAAGGUUUAGGUUGGCAUUUUGCUUCCAUUUGAGCCCGGGAAAUGAGUCCCUCCUCUUACUGAAACCAGUUUUAUGGGUCAGGAUCGCUUUCAAAGAAGCUUAGGAAUUGUAAUGAUUGGUUUUCCGUCCAGGUGACAAAGUAAACAAGUGUGUAGCUGUCCUUACAGAAUUGGCUACCGCCAGGAGUGGGGAUAGCCACUUGAAUGGAAACCAAAACCAAAAAAAGAACUCAUGAACCUCUUGUGGCUAUAGCUGCUAAAUUGCCCAUUCAUGGACAAAGGAACACAAGAAGCUCCUUUAUACCGAGUCAGGCGAUUGGUCAGCCUAGCUCAGUAUUAUCUGCAUUGAUUGGUAAUGACUCUUGAGGGUUUCAGACUGGAGUCUACCUGACGAUACCAUCAGGGAUCAAACCUGGGAGAUGUUGCAUGCAGUGCAGAUACCUUGCCACUCAGCUACAGCCCUUAUCCCCCACCCCACAAACUAAGGUAAGGCAAAAAAAAAGAAAGAAAAAAGGCAAGGACCCCUGGACGGUUAUGUCCAGUCAAAGCCGUGGGUCACCCUCAGUUUCCCUCUCCGUCCUCAGAGCUCAGACGUCACCUAUGCCACCAUUGCCUCCCCACCGGCUGUGACUCCCUCCGAACCAACGCUGAAGGACGAUCCCAUCUCGGCAAAAGACGAAGAGGUCCUCUACAGCCAUCUUCUCUUCCAUCCUCAACAACGCCACCACGAGGCUGUGCAGGAAAGAGAUGGUCCAGAAGUGGAGAAGGCAGGUCCCGUGUGA